UAUAUGUAAUGUCUCCGCCCAGAUUCGUCCCCUCCUCCAUGUCUCCGCCCAAUCUCCUCUUCCGGGUGUUUGCACUGACUGCGCUAGCAGCGCUCGGACAGACACCGGAGGCAGCGGGAGAAGGAGAAGCGAGUGUCCGGCAGAGAAUGAGGACAAUUAAGCAAGAUACCCACUAAGAAUAGUAGAAGACGUUAUAGAAAUGGAAAUUGUUCUCUGAUCAAGCCAACUAAUUACGGAAUUUCUUCUUACACAUCUGGAGGGGUCGAUCACAAAAGCUGCUCUUAUUUUCUGUACAGAAGAAACAUUCAACUCAUUUGUUUCUCACCUAAUACAGGAUGAGUUUCAUAGAAGAGAAACCACAUCUGUGUUUUGAGUGUGACAAAUGCUUUACACGUAAAUCAGAGCUUCUCAUACAUCAGAUGAGUCGCACAGGAGAGAAACCAUUUACAUGUUCUCACUGUAGCAAGUGUUUUAUCCAGAAGACAUCUCUUGUUAUACAUCAGAUUAGACAUGCAGCAGAGAAACCACAUCUGUGUUCUGAGUGUGACAAAGGCUUUACACGUAAAUCACAGCUUCUGAAGCAUCAGAUGAGUCACACAGGAGAGAGCCCAUUUACAUGUACUGAAUGCAGCAAGCGUUUUACCCAAAAGUCACAUCUUGCUAUACAUCAGAGGAGUCACACAGGAGUGAAGCCAUUUACAUGUUCUGAAUGUAACAAAUGUUUUACCACUAAUAUGCAACUUGUUGGACAUCUGAGGAGUCACACAGGAGAGAAACCAUUUAACUGCUCUGAAUGCAGCAAAUGUUUUUCCAGUAAGUCACAUCUUGUUACACAUCAGAGGAGUCACACAGGAGUGAAACCAUUUAAAUGCUCUGAAUGCAGCAAGGGUUUUACCAAAAAGACACAUCUUGUUAUACAUCAGAGGAUUCACACAGGAGAGAAACCAUUUACAUGUUCUGAGUGUAGCAAGUGUUUUGCUCGUAAGGUACAUCUCAUUAGACAUCAGAUGAGUCACACAGGAGUGAAACCAUUUAAAUGUUCUGAAUGCAUUAAGUGUUUUACCUGCAAGCGACAACGUGAAAGGCAUCAAAGGAUUCAUACAGGAGAGAAACCAUUUAAAUGUUCUGAAUGCAGCAAGUGUUUUACCCUCCAGCCACAUCUUGUGCGUCAUCAGAGGAUUCACACAGGAGAAAAACCAUUUAAAUGCUCUGAAUGUAGCAAGUGUCUUUCUUCCGAGCGGCAACUUCUUUCACAUCAGAUGAUUCACACAGGAGAGAAACCAUUUAAAUGUUCUGCUUGCAGCAAGUGUUUUACACAAUUGUCUAGUUUUGUUAGACAUCAGAGGCUUCACAAAGGAGAAAAACCAUUUAAAUGCUCUGAAUGUAGCAAGUGUUUUUCUUUCAAGUGGCAACUUGUUUCACAUCAGAAAACUCACACAGGAGAGAAGCCAUUUAAAUGUUCUGAAUGUAGCAAGUCUUUUACACAAUUGUCUAGUGUUGUUAGACAUCAGAUUAUUCACACAGGAGAAAAACCAUUUAAAUGCUCUGAAUGUAGAAAAUGUUUUUCCCGGAAGUCACAUCUUGUUAGUCAUCAGAGGAGUCACACAGGAGAGAAACCAUUUACAUGCUCUGAAUGUAGCAAUUUUUUUUCCUGUAAGUCACAUCUUGUUAGACAUCAGAUGAGUCACACUGGAGCGAAACCAUUUAAAUGUUCUGAAUGUAGCAAAUGUUUUACUGAAUUGUCUGGUGUUGUUAAACACCAGAGGAUUCACACAGGAGAGAAACCAUUUCAGUGCUCUGAAUGCAGGAAGUGUUUUUCCCAGAAGCUACAGCUUGUUAUACAUCAGAGGAUUCACACAGGAGAGAAACCAUUUCAGUGCUCUGAAUGCAGCAAGUCUUUUACCAAUUCAUCAUGUUUAGUUAGACAUCAGAGGAGUCACACAGGAGAGAAAUCAUUUCAAUGCUCUGAAUGUAACAAGUGUUUUACCAGCAAGACACAUCUUGUUCGUCAUCAGAGGAGUCACACAGGAGAGAAAUCAUUUCAAUGCUCUGAAUGUAACAAGUGUUUUACCAGCAAGCCACAUCUUGUUCGUCAUCAGAGGAGUCACACAGGAGAGAAACCAUUUGCAUGCUCUGAAUGUAGCAAGUGUUUUACCAAUUCAUCAUGUUUAGAUAGACACCAGAGGAUUCACACAGGAGAGAAACCAUUUACAUGCUCUGAAUGUAGCAAAUGUUUUUCCUGUAAGUCACAUCUUGUUAGUCAUCAGAAGAGGAAACACAGGAUAGAAACCAUUUAAAUGUUCUGAAUGUAGCAUGUGUUUCAUAAGUUAGUUAAUUCGUGUCAUGACCAUAUGUCUUCCAGGAAGCUGAUUUUUAUUCUCGAAAUGUGUCAAGUAUUUUAUAUAAACCAGGGGAUGCGAUUAAUAUCCUGGCUGUUGAAAUCCUGACACCCGUCACAGUCCCGACAUUGGAAUUCCGACCGGGUCAGGACACCUACGCUGGAAGUCCAAUAGCCGCUAUCCUGACCGUUCUAAGUAUAGCCUCCGACCUCGCAUUACUGUGAGGGGGGAGGGGGGGAUAGGGUUAGUCUGCAGCCAAGGGGUGUAGGGUUAGGCGGAGGGAAGGGAGGGUUAGGAGACAGGAAUUAGAUUAGUAAAAUCACCCCUGUCUGGAUUACAUACCUCAGGAUGCCGGCGUUGGUAUUUUGAACCCAUGUCCAGUAGAGAAAUCUGGCAGCUCCUCUCAGUACUGGGAUUCCUUCUAUGACAGGCAAAGCUAUGAGUAUGGUUAUUUCUACAGGAACCCUGUUCAUUGUCCUGUAUCAUCUUUCAUGUCUCCUCUCUGGUUUCCCCUUAUACCUCUUUAUUCUUUCCUUCAUACCUUUCUGUUGCUGCUUUACAUCCUAUUGUGAUAACUAUGUAUUGUAAAAUGGUGCAGCUAAGGCUGGAUACACACCUGACAUAUAUGUUGGUGGAUUCGUCACACUGACUGAGUGGCCGAUCCAUGUAAGUGUACACACUGCUCGAUAUAUCGGCUCCUGCCAUGCAGCUGGGCAGGUUUUUUUUAUUUACCCGCCCAGCUGUUAUGUCAGCCCUCACAGCAAGUGUACAGGUGGUCGGUGAACAGCCUGUACAAACAGCCAGAGGGCCUGUUAUAUCUGUAGAUUUCUCGCCCUUUGGCUGUUCUGCACAGUCAAUAUGAUAUAUCUGUGAAUGAAGUCAUUCAGACUUCGUGGGUACACACCUACAUUUAGGCUUACGAUAUUUUGGCUGUUCGCUUGUGUACUCGGCAUUAGAUGCUGGUUAUCAUUAUCCCAUACUAACCAAUUAUUACAUAUAUUAGCUUGCUAACACUAGACAGCUAAUAGCUGAUAUCUGGUUGCUUUGGGUUACAGCACAUCCUUGCUUUUCACUUCAUAUAUAAUAAGGAUAAUAUUCAUAUAUAUAAGUGCCAAGGUGCGCAUAUGGUGUAUUAGGUUUAUAAUAAAGUUCCUAAAGAAUAUAUAUUUAUUUUAAGCUUGUAUCACAUGAACAGUAUGCACAAUACUAUGACCUAGUACAUAGUGUUAUAACUGUAGAUAAAUCUAUACUGCAUGUAAAGUAAAGGAUGUGUCCAAACAAUAAUCUGUAAUACCAUUUAUAUUACCAGCAGAUGUCCGCAUAACACUUGUUGAAUAAAAACUGAUCUGGAGAAACAUU